AACCAAUCAUAUGAUGAUGACCUCAUUAUUGCCAAUGCCAUAGAGUUAGGCGUCGACCUAGCCAUGCGUAAUUUCGCCUUUUCGCGUCAUAAUAUCUACUAUCCAAUCUGAAUUCCGAAAUAAUUGACCAAUCAGUGACUAGAUCACGACCUGGAUUAAACGAACAGUAUGAUACAAGGACAAUUCGAGUUAGAUCUCUCCCCCUAGGUGUCAGAAUGCAAGCAAAAGCAAAAAUGGCUUCAACAAAUAAAUACACACAGUAAAAAAUAUUGUUUAUGUCCUUAUCUUAUUUAAAGCGCGAUUAAACAUCUGUCCACCCGGCAAUUGGACACUUGCUUUUUGGAAUGACACAAAUAUCGACCAUGACUGCAGCUGACUGAAAUGAUGGUUUUUUAAAACUCAUUCCUAUGUAAACAGUGUUUAUUCAAUGACCUAGUUUGUGGAUCAAUAUAACCACGAGGAAUUAGAUAGUAGAUAUUCAGUGUACUAAUGAAAAGUCAUGUGAAGCGCCUACAAACUAAAUCUUAGAAGCAUGUUCCUUUUACGGAUUGCAGAAGCUCUUGUAACAAGUGAAGAGUCUCAUAUGGCGUUGUCAAAUGCUUCUGAAAAUGAAACUGCUGAAUGCAAACAAAAUUUUCAUAAGUUUUCAGAAGAACGAUCUCCAGAAGAUAACAGAUCAUUAUCUUCACCACACAUCCCCGAUGCUACUUUAAGUAAUCAACCGGUGUUUGAAGGAAGUGAAAAGUUAUCAAGAAUUCGCUUGAGUUCUUCAGGUGAUUCUUCUAUACCUAGUCCAUUGUCUUUUCCUACGAAAUUUAUUCCGUCGAGAAAUUCAGAAAUUAACCCUUAUCCAUCUGCUUCAUUGAACCCGGUAAAUGUUAACAGCAUUCAUCCUUCUAAGCAGGUACAUCAGGGAUUAUUAUAUAAUUUGCUCAUUUCCAAAGAAACUUCAUCACAAAAUUCUACGUCUAAAACUUCGGUCUCUAUUUCUCCCGGUCAGUCAUUAAUGGAAACUAAUGGAAAUAUGAGUGAUGUACGAACAGAUAAGCCACUUUCUGACUCAACAGUGUUCAUGGAUUCUCAUAAUGCAGAUACAAACAUUUAUCCUAGCUCAGUUAAAAGUUCUACAGUUUAUUCUAAUUUUCGUCAUCGAGCAAACUCUCUUGGUUGCAAACUUUCUAAUAACCGCCCAUAUACUCGACCUCAUGCUUCAUCUUUUGGUGCCGCUUCUGAUUUUUAUCCUAGCCUCAAAGCACGUUUACAGCAUCGUCGUCAAAUGGAAGGAUCAACACCAGAUUCGGUCUUUUCAAAACCAAAAUAUACAUUAUAUCAUCGAGCACUGUCAAAGUCACAUGAAAAUGCUAUGAACGUUUCACAUAUAGACAUUCGUUCUCAUAGUUUAAGCGCUAUCUUACCUCAAAAAUCUAGUUUAUCCUCAUCCGGUGUAUCUAGUCCCCGUGUUCCACCCCAAAGUUUUCCAGUUUAUUCCAGAAUGAUGGCUCCCUCUCCCACUAUCACUUCUCAGAGUUCAGGAUAUAGUUCAGCUGGCCUGCAAAAAUCUCCUCAUACCUCUUCACUGUCAAAUGAUUCAGGAUCUGAUGAGCCAAUUGAUCUCACUGGCCACUCUGUACCCAUAUCAUUAAUAACAAAUACAUUUUCUUUACCUACUAUUACUCCCGGUGUUAAUAAUAUUCAGAAUGGAAAUUUUCCUUAUGUACAGUUAGCUAAGAAAACUGCUCGUCCGGUGCAAGCACGAAUUACCGAGUGGUUACGGCAGAUUACUGAGUUUGUGGCCCUAUCUACGCCUCUUGUUUCUACUUUGAAACCUAAAUUAUGGACUCUUAAUGAUUUAUCUAAACAAGAACAUCAUUUGAAUGACAAGAAUGUUGCUUUUCCUUGGUUAUCAUUACUUGCACAAUGCUGGCAAAAACUGUUAGCCUUAAGUAUGGUUGAGAAUUCCUUGGAUGUUGUUGUUGUUGAAGAUAAAUCACCAUACGAAGAAAACCAUCAAUACCAGGAUCCUAUGAACUUGGAAAUCCCAUGGUCUCUGCUUCUAGAUAUACAAAGACAUGGAGAAACGAAAAAUAGGAGGCCAGAUCGGAAGUUUUCUAAUGAACUCCUUCAAUUUUUGUCAGAAAUACGUCAAGCUGGUUUGAGUGCUCAGGAGUUUUAUUUAUUGCGUCACGUAGUUCUUCUGACUGUUGAUGAACCGGAUACUUUGCCUACCUUGGGUUUAAAUGUCAUCCGUGCUUCAAGAUGCAUGAACAAUAGUAAUAAUAAUAGUAGUAAAACGGAUCAGUCGAAUUGUGUUGCUAAUUUAUUAAAAGAUGGAACUCAGGCUUCUAUUCUUCCAUCAGAAGUUGAACCGCCCACAGUGACUUUUGAUUUAGCAUGUUUAGCUUGUGGAUUAAAAGCUCUUCGAUCCAUGUGUCCUUAUCGAAUUGCAAGUUUAUUCUGCAGUCAUUUACGAAAUAGUUCAAUAUUGAAUCAAACAUUUAUACUUGAAAUGCAUAUAAAAUAUUUAUUAGCCCUUAAAGAUCUGCAAACGUUAUCUUCUUCACAAAUCACCGCUGAGGUUGUUAGUAAUGGGAUUAAUAAUAGUAAUAAUAGCAGUAUCAACAGUAAUGGUAAUAGCAACAGUAAAAACAAUAUCAACAAUAAUAAUAAGCAUCCCAUGCUUCAAAAGAUACAAGUAAAUAAAAAAAGUAUCUUGGAACAAUUGUUUGAUAGUGCUUGAAAAUAAACAUCACAAUUUGUAAACAAUUAUGUGGGAUUGUACUAGUUCUUUAUCUCCUAAUAAACAAUAGCACUGUAACCUAAGUAUUGAAGACACUAAAUGAAAAGAGUACAGCCCCAAGAAAGAGGAAAUGUUGGUAACAUUGGUAGUUGUAUCAUCCUUGUUAAUAAACAACACUACUUCUUUCUUGGGUCUGUACUCUUUUCAUUUAGUGUCUUUAAUACUUAGGUUUCAGUGCUAUUGUUUAUUAGGAGAUAAAGAACUAGUACAAUCCCACAUAAUUGUUUACAAAUUGUGAUGUUUAUUUUCAAGCACUAUCAAACAAUUGUUCCAAGAUACUUUUUUUAUUUACUUGUAUCUUUUGAAGCAUGGAAUGUCUAUUAUUAUUGUUGAUAUUUUUUCUUUCUGUUGUUAGCUCCAUUACUGUUUUGAUGAUACUGACUGUGGUAUAAUGAUAUUAGUGAUGAUCUUAUUAUUGUUAAUUUCACUACACAUACUAUGUUAUAAUGCCUUAUUAUGAAAACAAACUUUUCAAAUAAUAAAUUUAAUUUAUUCUUUCUUGUUUCAUCUGCUCAUUUUCAUCUAUCACUGAUCUCGAUUGUUUAAAAAACAGUCAUCAAUCCCAUUGCAAAUACCUGAUGUUCAACAAUUUCGUGUUGAGUCAUGAAUUCAGAGAUGGUACUGUCUAGACAUUGAGUAAUUGGUUGAAUUAUUUUGCUUGUCCAUAUUUAGGUCAAAUAUACGCUGCAUAACCUUGAGAUCAUUUCUGCACUGUAUAAACAUGCCAAUUUUUUCAAUAAAUACUGAGUGGGCUUACAUACUGUUUUUCAACCGUGUUUGGCAAAUACUUUUGGUUCUCAGCUAUGUCAAAGUCUUUUAUCAUGCUUUACCGGCUUGUUUCUCUGCUGUCGAUCGCUAGUGAGUAUAUUCCUUUUCUUCCGACUGAUUGCUCCGGUCUACUAAAUUUCUCGUCAGGUGUUUUGGUUCUACCACAAAGUUUUUUUCAUAUAUCCACUGGCAGCUUGUUCUGAUAUAGUUUCCAGGUCUUUAAUAUAUGAAUGUUUAAAAUGUGAGUUAAAAGUACAAUACAUGAACCUCCAAUUGAUUAGUUGAUUCCAUUAUCUUUUUUAUCAGUAAAGGGUUGUGGAGAUUGGCGUAUUUAUCGAAAUCAUGAACCGAUUCGAGUUAGAUCUCAUUUAAAAGCCUGAAACGAUUGGCUGGAAGUUUCAUCCUAGUAAUGAACUCCUUAGCAGAGCUCAUCCAAGACCUUGCGCGCGGGAAUUUACCCCUUUGAAACUAAACUGUGUCGAGUCUGAGGCAGUAACCCAUCGAAGACAAUGGAGAAUGGUCGCGCAAUGUCAUUUGUGGAUUGAAGUUAGCUAUUAACAACAUUACAUGCCAAAUUAAUGGUCUAGAGUCUGGGUGUUCAUGCUCAAGGCCAUGUGCGAGUUUGUGGAUGCUCAAUGUUGAAUAAUCUACUUUUUGGUUCAUUUGGUUUAGCUGGAUCAUACAAAAGCUGAAUUAUUUAAAUUACAGUCUAUUGAUUUCCUAUUUUCUGACAAUUUCAUAACAUAGCAAAGUCAGAUCAAUAAAAUACUACAUUGAUUUUCAUUGUAAUUGUAAUUCUUAUCCUUCAUGUAGAGAUCUAGACUAAUAUCAAUGGUUUUCUGACAAUUGCGCUCUAAUUAUAAACAGGUCAAAGGUCAUUUGCAUAAGUAAAAUAGAUUUUUCUGUAUUUA